GGAGUCACUCAGUACGGGUCGAGAAGCCAUAGCGGAAGGGUUGCGGCAAGUCGUCUCCAAGUGUCUUGUCUAUUUGUCACGCGACCGCUUGUCCGCCGGCCUGCGAGCUCUGCCUUCGACUACCUGUUGUGGUGGCUUCGCGUGGAAGGAACUUGUGCUCGCGCCAAGAUGUGCCCCUUAUACCCCGUGCACCUGGUGCUGAUGUACGGCGCCCUGCUGGUGUGCGUGUGGGUGGCCGGGCUGGGCACGUUGGUGGGCGCCGUGUCCCGGGCGUCCUCCCUGGGCGUGCGGCUCAACCUCAACAAUACGCCCGCCUACGCCCUCAGUGUGGCAGAGGGACACCAGGAGACCGUCACCUUCUACAUCGACGAUCUGCCUCCUCAGGCCGCUGGUGACAUACUGAUAGAGGAAAUACAAAGUGAUCAUUUAGACCACAUAGACAUAUCUCCAAGUAAGAUUCCAUUGGCGGAGGCAGAGUCCCAGGGCCUUUUAGAACGUUUAGAAAACAACACCCUCGAGGGUUCCUUCAACGUCUCGGGGAAGUUCCUGGGCUUUACUAAGAUCAAGUUCGUCCUCAGUAAUGGCAAUGACGAAGAGCUUGUGGAGAGUGAGCCUGUCAACGUCAAGGUGCAACGUGGCCAACGGGUGCUUGAUAAAAUCUUCAUCCAUGUUGUCAUUGCAAUGGUUAUUGUAGCCUACAUCAACAUGGGCUGUGCCAUAGACUUACAGGUUAUCAAACAAACCCUUCGUAAGCCUGUAGCCCCAGCUAUAGGCUUGGCUUCGCAGUACUUAUUUAUGCCUUUGGCCUCGUAUGCCAUUGGAUAUGGCUUGUUCGGUAGCACCCCAGAGAUGUGGUUGGGUCUGUUUUUGACUGGUUGUUCUCCGGGUGGUGGUGGAUCCAAUAUGUGGACUUAUUUGCUGGAUGGAUCCCUCGACUUGUCCGUCACCAUGACCUUCAUCUCGACUAUUGGGGCAUUCCUGGCAUUGCCUGCGUGGGUCUAUGCUCUGGCUAGGACUAUCUUCCAAGAUGGACAUUUCUCUAAACUUCCCUACAAGAAUAUUGCCAUGCUAGUGGUUGGUCUUGUGCUGCCUCUGUCCAUUGGCUUGGUGAUUAAGCGCUGCUCACCUCGGGUUGCCCUUGUCCUGAAGCGUCUUCUAAAGCCCAUCUCCAUCAUCUUCAUUGUGUUCAUGAUGACCUUUGGAGUGUACGCCAACCUCUACAUCUUUGCUUUCUUCAGCUGGAAGGUUGCUCUUGCUGGCAUUCUUCUUCCUUGGCUUGGUUUCCUGUUUGGCGCUGUGGCAUCCCUUGUGUGCAGGCGCAGUUGGGAGGAAGCCAUUGCCAUCAGUAUUGAGACUGGGGUGCAGAACACAGGCCUGUCCAUAGGCAUCCUCAAGGUUGCUCUUCAGGAAUUUGCUCCUCUGGGAGACAUUACCAUGGUGAUUCCUGUUGCUGUGGCCACCAUGACCCCAAUACCUCUGACCAUUGCAUACAUCGCCAAGAGGAUCCGAGAGUGCAGGGCCAAGAAAACGACCUAUGAGGUUGAUUGCCCUGAUGAUUAUGAAGAUGACAUGAAAAACCAGCUGCAUCUUUCUCCCUCGUCCACAUCAUCACUCCACAAGGAUGCCAAUGAUAAUUCAAAAGCUGUUUUGGCCUAAUUUUUUUCUUUUCUUUUGGUCAGAUAUGAAAAUUGAAAGGAAUCAAUAUGCCCGGUGAUUCUUUGAGUCAAGUGAAUUUUCAAUAAAAAGGGGUUUUAUAAUUGAAAAUAGUACCUGUCUUUUUUAAUUAUGUUAAUGUAACAUGUAUGUGAAUUUUACUUAAAAAUAUUUUUGGUACUUAGUAUUAUCAUAUUUCUGUGACUUAAAACGUUUGAGUAUAAAUGAAGUAGAACAGUUAUGUUUUCAAAUUCUUGUUAAAGCAUUGUUAAUGCAUGAUCAAAUCUGUAAUGACAAUAUAAAUAUUUGUACAAUAUCCGGUGCCUACAACAGUCGUACCAGGUGAACUUAGUGCCAGAGGAAAAAAUCUCUUAAUGCUAUAUAACAUUCACCCUCUAGUGAAGUAGUACACAGUUAGAUUAAUAUUUUAGAAGAUAUAUCAAAAAUUAGAAAUUAUUGUUUAUAUAUGUGUAUGUUUACAUCUACAUGGGCAUAUACACUUAUACAACCUGCUUUGUCCAUAAUGAUUGAAAAUCCGUUCAGAUGAAAUAGAAACACAUUUUAUCAGAUGAAAAUAUUUUGAUACUGAAAAUUGUAUAUUGCUAUAUUCUUGAUGCACAGAAAGUUCUCUAUUUUGAAAAGAAUAAAAACAGAUGUAGUUUAUAAUUCAGUUGUUAAAAAAAGAAAAAUUGUAACAGAAUAUCACCAUUUGCAGGCAUUGGUAAAACAGACUAUUAUUUGUAGGAUAAU